CUCUUACAUCCACCAACAACGACCAUAAACAGCCAUCCCAUCCGCCCUCUCUACUCAACCCCUCGUAUUUCUCUGCUUCUCGUCUUUCUUUAACCUCUCAUAUACGAUGGCUUGUUCAUCGUCGUCAUCGCCAGAAAUGUCUGCCCCUCGUUCAAGAUCUCACACGGAACAUUUCUCUCUUCAGGACAAGCUCCAUGAAGUCCUGGAGGAUCUCUCCAGCCGAUUUAUUCUAAAUCUCCCUGACGAGGAGCUGGCUUCUCUGGAACGAGUGUGUUUUCAAGUCGAACAAGCACACUGGUAUUACGAGGAUUUCAUCCGUGAACAAGAUGACCGAUUGCCAACAAUGUCGCUCAAGAAAUUCUCAAAUAGUCUCUUUCAUGUUUGCCCUCUCCUGAGCCACUGGGGAGAUGACCACGAGCAAACCUUCCAGAACUUCAUGGCCUAUAAGACUCGAGUCCCCGUCUGCGGCGCAAUCAUGCUCAACGAGACAUGGGACAAGUGUCUGCUUGUCAAAGGAUGGAAGUCGACCUCAGCAUGGAGCUUUCCCAAAGGCAAGAUUAAUGAGCAAGAACCUAGACAUCGAUGCGCGGUGCGAGAGGUGCUAGAAGAAACCGGUUUUGACCUGGGUGAAUGCAUAAACCCAGAGGAUGCAGUAGAGGUUUCGAUCAGGGAACAAACGAUCGCCCUAUAUAUUGUACCCAACGUACCCGAGAGUUAUCCAUUCGAGACUCGUACACGCAAAGAGAUCAGCAAAAUCUCCUGGUUCAAGCUGACUGACCUGCCGACUUGGAAGCGGAAUAAAGCUGUACCUGGGAAGUUUUAUCUGAUUACACCAUUCAUUGGACCCUUGAGAGCAUUUAUACGGGACCGCAAACCUCGUAAUUUGCAUAGGAGAACCAUCAAGCAUCCUGUGCCCUGCGCAGAACCCGAAGUGCAUUUAUCCAGCGAUGAGGACGCUCGUGGUACGACUGAUGUCCAGUCGAGUCACAUUAACGAUCAUGGGGCCCAGGAGUCCAGCUCUCAAGCAUCGUCUGCUGACAACGGCGAACCACAAACACCAUCUCCCUUGUAUAGCGAGCCGCCAGUUUCAACGUACAAACCCGAGGCGGAUGUUCAGCAAGAUAUCGAUUUGCAGAACGUCGAUCCAAACCUGGCGCGACUCUUGACCUCUUUGUCCAUCUCAGCAUCUGUCACACCAAUGGAGGGUGAUGUCUCCAAAGUUAUAUCAGAUUCGGCGCAGGCCGUUCCGCUACCCCCUUCUACCCCUCUUUCCCAUUCUGGAACACUUCGAACAUCACAUUCAUCUCGCACUCCAUCAGUGGUUCCACGAUCAGUGCAGCCGUCACCUUCACCGUCUCUCCGCACUGCGUCCCGUCAAGCUCAUGCCGUCCCUCCUCCUAACAUACCCCUUGGCUCAGAGCAUUCUACGUCUCGCAAUGAGCCUGUUAUCCCUACUUCUCCCACCUCCCCCACUUCACGACGUGCCGGUGGUAUGUCUGUCGAAACAUCUCCUUACUUCUCACGGCCAGCUAUUGCGUCUACUAUACCCAAACAGAUGAAAUACCACGCAAUGCUGGAGCACGUUGCCAAAGAAUCACAGAGGAUGACACCAAAGCUUGAGCGUCAGGGGUUUGUACCUCCGAGCCCUGGCUCCAUAUUCCCUGCUGGCCCUCCGGUACAGUCAGCAUCUAUCCCCUCGCAUGCCACGACAUUUGGCAAUCCUUCAGCGCUUUAUACAUCCAACCCUAGUGGCCGUCCCCCUCCCCAUCAUAAUAUCCCGUCAUCAGCAAGUACACUACAAUUUGCGGAUCCACUCACUGUGCGUCCGCGGACCAGUAAUACGUUCCAUCCCAUACCUUAUUCCAACCAUCUAAGUCGUGCAAGCAUGAAUGACGGCCAAUUACGUUCCAUAAUGUCUGGUCCUCGCCCCCCUACUGCUCAGGCGGCAUUCCCUCCCCCGCAGCCAUUCCUCAGACCGCCACCACCGGGCAUGUACCACCCUUCCAUGAACGGUUCUCGCCUUCACCCUGCGCAAGCUCCCCUCCAUGUUGUCCCUCCUCACGCACAGUUCAGGAACUUAGGAGCUCAUCCAGUUUCCCCCCUCUCCCCUCACUAUGCACCACCCCGUCCCAAUCCUGCUGGCAAUGCUCAACUAUUAUCCAUCCUCAAUACUCCCAACAUUGCUCGCGCCGCACCUGCUGUGGCGCCUUCUUUUGCCAAUAGGGCCUAGAUGCUAUCGUUAUUCCAUCUUGUUUUGUGGGUACAUUCUGGUUGUAGCAUGAUUCACUGUGAUUACUGUUAGUAUUUGGUUAACUGUCCUUUCCCUUUUUAUCCACGCUAUGUAUACUUUACUUUUAGUCUCUGCCUUUCUUUCUUUCUUUCUUUUUGCUUCAUAUGUCGACAUUGACAUUAGUGUUCCGCGUGCCCUUUCGCAUACAUACUUUGACCCAUGCACACUUUGCGUCACAUUGUUGUAUUGUGGACGCAUUCUCCUAUCCUUUCCACCUCUCCAUUCUUCCAGGCUCCCCUUCUCCGAUUCGUCCACUUGAUCCCUCCGUAGUCAGCCUCUCGUGCUCAGUAAAGUCGUACUCACGAUAGUUUUGUAGCUUAGCGAUUGUGUCUUGUCGUUGAUGUUUUCACGUACGCGUUGCAUAAAGUAUACAUCAACAUUUUCAGAACUAGCAC